AUGACUGGUCGUGGAAAAGGUGGAAAGGGUCUUGGUAAGGGCGGAGCCAAGCGCCAUCGCAAGAUUCUUCGAGACAACAUCCAAGGUAUCACAAAACCUGCUAUUCGCCGUCUCGCUCGUCGUGGUGGAGUGAAACGUAUCUCAGCUAUGAUAUAUGAAGAAACGCGUGGUGUUCUGAAGACUUUCCUAGAAGGCGUCAUCCGAGAUGCUGUAACGUACACUGAGCACGCAAAAAGGAAAACUGUCACAUCUCUCGAUGUUGUUUAUGCACUGAAAAGACAAGGUCGCACACUAUAUGGUUUCGGAGGCUAA